AUGCGACGGACAAGGGUCUUGCUGUUAUCGCAGGCUUGGCAUUCGUAUAGCAGGGACUCGAGCCCUAUCCCAGGCCUCGUCUUGCCAGGGGGGCCCUGGCACGGCCCCGUCUUCCCAGAUCUGUCGCAGCCGCGGGAGCAGGCUGCCAACGCCACACUAGGGUUCGAGAAGCUCCUCGUCCUCUCCACCCGCCCGUCCUGGCGGACACGCGGGCUCCAAGCCGCGGCGAAACUAACGGGCCUGGAGUUCACCAUCCCUCCGCAACCGCCCAACUCGAAGGCCACCGUCGAAGCGUUCAUGGCGAUGAGCCCCGAGGGCGAGAAGUCCCGGCCCGCGCUCGGGUCCGCGGCGGCGUGGCUCGCGCAUAUCGACCUGCUCAAGCACGUGGUGUCGUCGGACCUCGAGACGGCCUUCAUCGUCGAGGAUGACGUCGACUGGGACGUGCGCAUCAAGGACCAGCUGCGGCUCGUCUCGGACAACGUGCGGGCGUUCCGGCACCGCAAGAUCAACGUGACCGACGAGGUCGUGGUCCAGGAUAACAACAACGACGACGACGCCGAUUCCGACGACAACACGCCCUACGGCACAGACUGGGACGUCCUGUGGCUCGGGCACUGCGGCUCGCUCGGCCACGACGACGACAAGCACCGCAAGCCGCUCCCCUACGCGGACGAGUCGCGCGUGCCCGGCGACAAGUUCACCGGCUGGUCGCGCAAGUACUUCCUCGAGCAGACGCCCGAGGGCCACCGCGUCGUGCAGGAGUCUCGCAUGACCAUCUGCACGUUCGGGUACGCCGUCUCGCGCCAGGGCGUGCUCAACGUGCUCGCCCAGGUCAUGAAGGGCGGCUACGAGGCCUUUGACGUCGCCCUGCACGCCCACUGCAGCGAGGGCCGGCUCAAGUGCGUCACCGUCUCCCCGACCGUGUUCCACCACUACGAGCCAAGCGCUGCUCACGGCUAUGUCAGCCCUGUCAGGGAGGGCGACGGUAAGGGCAAGGCUAAGAGCGAGAACGAGUUCGAGGGCUUCAUGGGCACCACGGCCAACAUUGUCGAGAGCGCCAGGUGUCAUGCGCUGUGGGGGAAGUCGUGCUUGCCUUGAGUCACUUCUUCUCUGGGUGUCUGUCUGCCUGCUGGAUUCCAUGGGUAUCCUGGUGGUCUUCGUUGUAUAUAAUUACUGUACAGUGCUGCGUAAGGGUAUAUAUAUUAUAAUCGUCACAUAAUGAGCCUGUCGUAUCUCGAGAUUACUCGUUGGCUCACGGCACGUCCGGUUGCUGCUUCGAACACACGCUGGAGGCCGUCACAACCAUGUUUGGGCAGCAAGGCAAACAUGCUUGGCUCAGAAAGAACAGGUAGUGUUCUGGUACUUGACAACUUCAUGUAACACGGAACCCGAGAGCGGAUCAAAGUACAAAACAGGGCCGCCGCGUUCAUGCCGGACAUGUUUAUAUAGUUUGGAGAGACGGACAUUCAUUCUUGUGGUCAAGUUCCUCUCAAUGCUGUCAGGACAUUAUAAGCGAGCUGUGAGGAAUAAAAGAAACCGCUUCCCCCU